AUGAGCGUCGGCAUCGGGCGCCUUAACCCGGCGUUCGGUUCAUCCCGCAGCGCCAGUUCUGCUUACCAAAAGUCGGACGACCGAUUUGCACGUCAGGACCGCUACGGACCUCCACCAGAGUUUCCUCUGGCUUCGCCCUGCCCAGGCAUAGUUCACCAUCUUUCGGGUCCUAACGCGUGCGCUCGUGCUCCACCUCCCCGGCGCGGCGGGCGAGACGGGCCGGUGGUGCGCCCUCGGCGGACUGGAGAGGCCUCGGGAUCCCACCUCGGGCCCCCGGACGGGGCCCUUCACCUUCAUUGCGCCACGGCGGCUUUCACGACCCCCCGGGCCCGACGGCGCGACGACGCCCGGGGCGCACUGGGGACAGUCCGCCCCGCCCCCGGGCCCCGAGAACGGGACGACGGGGGUGGGAGAGCGGUCGCGCCGUGGGAGGGGCGGCCCGGCCCCCCCGAGGGACACCGGCGCGCCCCCCCGCGGGAGAGGAGUAAACCCCCCACCGCGCGGGAGGUGGAGCGCCGGCAGGGGGGGAGAGCGCGGCGACGGGUAUCCGGCUUCCUCGGCCCCGGGAUUCGGCGAGCGCUGCUGCCGGGGGGCUGUAACACUCGGGGCGGGGUGGUUCGGCGCCCACGGGUGACGCCGCCCCCCCCGAGCCACCUUCCCCAAACCGGGCCUUCCCAGCCGUCCCGGAGCCGGUCGCGGCGCACCGCCACGGUGGAAGUGCGCCCGGCGGCGGCCGGUCGCCGGCCGGGGGGCGGUCCCCCGCCGACCCCACCCCCGGCCCCGCCCGCGCGCCCCCGCCACACCCCGCGCCCGCCGCCGGAGCGGCGGGACGCGGGGAGAGGAAACGACGCGCGGGUGGAGGGGUCGGGAGGAACGGGGAGCGGGAAAGAUCCGCCGGGAAACCGCCGGCACGGCCGGACUCACGCCGCCGGGUUGAAUCCUCCGGGCGGACUGCGCGGACCCCACCCGUUUACCUCUUAA